AUGGAUUAUUCGAUUGUUUCCUAUAUUCUUAUCAUACUUAUUCAACUAAUCCACACCUUCGAAUUCGAUGACGAUCAUGAUGACGAUAAACAACUGGUCCUACAAUCAUCUUUACCAAUAUCGGAGCCGAUUCAUCAUUUAACUUCAUCUGUAUUCGAUACUUUAUUUCAAUCGAAUUUAACAUUUACAUCAUUUCUGUUUCCUGAUCAAACAAUUAAUCUGGAUAGUCUCGGAAUCUCAAGUAUUGAUCCGGAUGCGUUUAUAAAUAGUCCAGUACCGAUAACAACGAUCAUUUUAUCGACCAAUUACCUUUCCGAUCUUCCGGAUGACCUUUUUCAAAGAUUUAGUUCAACAUUGAUCAAUCUCAAUCUUCAAUACAAUCAAUUUCGUUCGUUAAGAAAGAGUUCGUUCCUCCGACAAUUAGAAUUUCUUCGCACACUUGACUUAAGUAAAAACCAAUUCGAUGGAUUACAUAAGCAAGACUUUACAGGUUUAAAACACUUAGAAACAUUAAUCUUACGCGAAAAUAAACUAACCAAUCUAUCGCCUGCUCUCUUUAUUCGUUGUCGAACAAUCACAACACUCGAUCUUUCGGAUAAUCAAAUCUCUCACAUUGACCCAAAUGCCUUCCGUUCAUUAUAUCGUUUGAAAAUUCUCCUUCUCAGCAACAAUCCGUUAAGGCAACGUUCAUUAACAACUCAUCUGUUAGAACCGCUGAAAAACCUCGAAUACUUCGAUCUUGAAAAUACUCAACUCGACGAUCUUCCUCCUUAUUUGUUCAUUUCGAAUCAACGCUUACAAUCAAUUAAAUUACGACGGAAUAAUUUCCAAACCGCCUUAUCUGAUUCUGCUCAUAGUCUACAACGAACAUUCUGUCGCGCGCAUUCGUUAAUUGAAAUCGAUCUUGUUAGCACACAUCUGCGUACAUUAGAUGUGUGUACUUACGAUCAACUUCCAUCGUUGCGGCGAUUGUAUUUAAUGAACAAUCCGUUGCAUUGCUCGUGCGAUCUAUUUUAUUUGAAAUAUGGAGACAUUUAUCGAGUUUUAGUCACAGACGAUAAUGAAAAUAUCGAUUUGUAUCUCGAUCGAUGGAUUUCAAGACCAGAGCUUCGCCGUCAUUUGGAGAAAUCUCAUGCGCGUGGUGAUUUCCAUCGUUUACCGAUUGAACUCUCCUUAUUCGCACGAUGUGCAACACCAAAACAAUGGUUCGGCCGAGAAGUAGGAAACAUAUCAGGAAUAUUCACUCAAUGUCAACAACGAUGGUUAACGAUUGAAGAAGAAUGUCAUAAUUAUUGUCAAUUCGAUACGACAAGUUCGACUUCCACAGUGACACUCGACGAUUUAGCAUCAGAUUUCCAUCAAACAUUUGUUCAUACUUAUUUUAUUCGAUUAUAUGUAUUUGUUCUUUCGUUUUUGUUUAUCAACUAA